ACUUGCAAGCUAAAGAUUCAUCCAUUUUUCAAAACAUGUACGUAAAGACAUGUCCGUUGUAUAAAGAUGGCUGUAUGCAAUCGGGCGAGUAACGGUACAAGGAAUUGCCUGGUUCUAGUCACAUGUCUGGUCACGUGUCUGGUCACGUGUGUGUCUGCUGUGUUCGGAGGAGAUGGAGAGGAGCCCAGUCCACCAGGGACUUUCAUUAAGUUUCUUCACCUGACUGCUAUCUCCUCACAUGUUGGGAUGCAAGUAUGGGUAUCAUUUGUAUCAGCCUUUGUUCUGUUGAAAAGCACGUCCAGACACACCUUUGGCCACAUAAAUCGUUACAUGUUCCCAGCGUAUUUUGGGCUAGGAUCUGCCUUAGAGGCCGUUGCCUUGGCAACAUUUGUAUAUGCUCAUAACAGUUGUGUCUGGGAUAGGAGUUUCAAAGUCCAGGCAUCAGCUUUAGCAGUGUCCCUGGUCUGCUCCUUGGUCGAAGUUGUCUAUAUCGUCCCCAUGAAUAAGGACAUUUUAACCAGAAUGUUCAAAAUAGAGCGCGAUAACGACAUCGGGAGUGUUGGCCUGGCAACGAGCCCAGAAGUUCUCAAACAGAUUUCUGAGUUGAAGGCUCGUGACGUGACGUAUGCAGGGACCUACAAAAGGUUUGCCAAAUGGCACGGGAUCAGUUCUUUGCUGAAUAUUACUGGUAUAGCGGCCAAUCUGAUUUACUUGUUCCACAUGACCUCCAAGUUUCAGAGUCUGUGAAUUUAGGAUUCUGGAACGGACUUCCUAUUCGCCUCUUGGGCAAUGUAGUUUGGCCCAAGAGAGAACACGGAAUGACGGAGAUUUAAAAAUAACGAGCCUUUAAUUUCUGCGAUCCGGUGGGGGUAGUUAUACAUAAGAUUUUUUUUGCAAUAUAUUUAUACAGAUUUAGACAAUUGGAAGAUGUUCUUAGAUGGAUCCUUCUUGUCCAAAACAGCUUUGGUUGAACUAUUUUGCUACAAUUUGAUUUUGUUCAACAGGCAAGACAAAAGAAAGAUUUAGAAACAAAGAUUUAGAACACAGAAUGAAAUAAAUUCACAACAG